AAAUAAGAUAAGAAAGAGAGUUGAAUAUCAAAUCACAAAUUCAGCAAGACUUCUCUCUUACUCGCUGCCUAUAUAUACACAUUAUAAUACAUACACUCGUAUCUAUCUAUCUCUCCCCCCUUCACCAAGUUGGAACUUCCAUAUAAAUGUUGUUUUAAAGCUCUUAAAUUCACAAGAAUGUUCAAUUUCCAUUUCAAGUAAUUCCCAAGCUGCUUCUUAUCUCAAAGAUCCAUCACUUUUCAGAUUCACAAAAUGUCUCAGACUAACUGGGAAGCUGAUAAAAUGCUAGAUGUUUAUAUACAUGAUUAUUUAGUAAAAAGGGAUUUGAAGGCUUCUGCUCAAGCUUUUCAAGCUGAGGGAAAAGUGUCAUCUGAUCCUGUUGCUAUAGAUGCUCCUGGCGGGUUUUUAUUCGAAUGGUGGUCUGUUUUUUGGGAUAUAUUUAUUGCUAGAACUAACGAGAAGCACUCAGAAGUUGCUGCAUCUUAUAUAGAGACUCAGUUAAUAAAAGCAAGAGAGCAGCAGCAGCAACAGCAACCUCAACAAUCGCAGCAUCCUCAACAACAGCAGCAGCAUCAACAGUUGCAUAUGCAGCAGCUAUUAUUGCAGAGACAUGCUCAGCAAGCUCAACAGCAACAAGCACAGCAACAGCAGCAGCAGCAGCAGCAGCAACAGCAGCAGCAGCAGCAACAGCAGCAACAACAGCAACAGCAGCAACAGCAGCAACAACAGCAGCAACAGCAGCAGCAGCAGCAACAACAUCAGCGUAGAGAAGGGUCACACCUCCUGAAUGGCACUGCUAAUGGACUUGUGGGUAAUGACCCUCUAAUGAGACAAAACACUGGGACUGCUAAUGCCAUGGCUGCAAAGAUGUACGAGGAGAGGUUAAAAGUUCCGCUUCAGAGAGACUCUUUGGAUGAUGCAGCUAUGAAGCAAAGAUUUGGUGAUAAUGUGGGUCAGCUUCUGGAUCCCAAUCAUGCCUCAAUACUGAAAUCAGCUGCCGCAGCUGGUCAGCCUUCUGGGCAAGUGCUGCAUGGGACAGCAGGGGGUAUGUCUGCCCAAGUUCAAGCUCAAGCUCGGAACCAGCAGCUUCCUGGGUCUACUCCCGACAUAAAAACUGAGAUGAAUUCAGUUCUUAAUCCAAGAGCUGCUGGUCCAGAAGGAUCCUUGAUUGGGGUUCCUGGAUCUGGCAACAAUUUGACUCUUAAAGGAUGGCCUCUCACAGGUCUUGAUCAGCUUCGCUCUGGGCUUCUCCAGCAGCAGAAGUCAUUUAUGCAGGGUUCUCCACCCUUUCAUCAACUCCAGAUGCUAUCACCACAGCAUCAGCAACAAUUGAUGCUAGCACAACAAAAUUUGACAUCACCAUCUGCCAAUGAUGUAGAAAGCAGAAGACUGAGGAUGCUCCUUAACAGCCGUAGCAUGAAUAUGGGGAAGGAUGGUCUUUCAAAUUCAGUUGGAGAUGUAGUUCCGAAUAUCGGUUCUACUUUGCAGCACCCAUCUUUGCCUCGUGGAGAUCCAGAUAUGUUACUGAAGUUAAAAAUGGCCCAGUUACAGCAGCAGCAACAACAGAACAAUAAUCAGCAGCUUCAGCAGCAGCUUCAACAGCAUUCUCUUUCUGGUCAGCAGCUUCAGAAUGCUGCUCACAAUCUUCAGCAAGAUAAACUUGUGGGUUCUGGUAGUGUUACAGGGGAUGGUAGCAUGUCAAAUUCUUUCCGGGGAAAUGAUCAGGUUUCAAAAAACCAGACUAGCAGAAAGCGAAAGCAACCCGUAUCGUCUUCAGGGCCUGCUAAUAGCUCAGGAACUGCAAAUACGGCAGGACCCUCCCCAAGUUCGGCACCCUCAACACCAUCAACCCAUACACCAGGAGAUGUUAUCUCAAUGCCUGCUUUGGCGCACAACGGCAGUUCUUCGAAGCCAUUAAUGAUGUUUGGCAGUGAUGGUACUGGUACCCUUACCUCACCGUCAACUCAGUUGUGGGAUGAUAAGGAUAUAGCCCAGGCUGAUAUGGAUCGUUUUGUGGAAGAUGGGUCUCUUGAUGACAAUGUCGAGUCUUUUUUAUCCCAUGAUGAUACAGAUCCUAGGGAUGCAGUUGGUCGUAUGGAUGUGAGCAAAGGAUUCACAUUUUCAGAAGUUAGUUCUGUUCGUGCUAGUACUAGCAAAGUUGUUUGUUGUCACUUCUCGUCAGAUGGUAAACUGCUUGCAAGUGGUGGUCAUGAUAAAAAGGCUGUGUUGUGGUAUAGUGAUACUCUAAAGCCAAAAUCAACACUUGAAGAGCACUCGGCAUUAAUUACAGAUGUUCGCUUUAGUCCUAGCAUGCCACGUCUUGCAACAUCCUCUUUUGAUAAGACUGUCAGGGUCUGGGAUGCUGACAAUCCUGGCUAUUCACUCCGUACCUUCACCGGUCACUCUGCAUCUGUGAUGUCUCUAGACUUCCAUCCAAACAAGGAAGAUUUAAUCUGCUCCUGUGAUGGUGAUGGUGAAAUAAGGUAUUGGGGCAUUAACAAAGGUAGCUGUGCACGAGUGUUCAAGGGUGGAACGACUCAGAUGAGAUUUCAACCCCGUCAUGGAAGAUUGCUUGCUGCCGCUGCAGAGAAUGUGGUAUCCAUAUUGGAUGUGGAGACACAAGCAUGUCGGCACUCAUUACAGGGGCAUACCAAACCAAUUCAUUCUGUCUGCUGGGAUCCGACUGGUGAGUUAUUGGCAUCUGUUAGUGAGGAUUCUGUCAGAGUUUGGAAUCUGGGAUCGGGCAGUGAAGGGGACUGUGUUCAUGAGCUAAGUUGUAAUGGCAACAAAUUCCACUCAUGUGCUUUCCAUCCUACAUAUUCUUCCCUACUGGUUAUUGGCUGUUACCAGUCUUUGGAGCUAUGGAACAUGUCUGAGAACAAGACGAUGACUCUGUCCGGACAUGAUGGAUUGAUUGCCGGCUUGGCUGUGUCAACAGUGACUGGUUUGGUUGCCUCGGCCAGUCAUGACAAGUAUGUUAAGCUCUGGAAGUAAUUUUGAAUGUAUUAUUAGUAUUGUAGACUAGUUUUUCCGAACUUUGUAAUUCUAAUGCCAACAGUUCAAAUCAGAUCGUUGUUUUAGUGUCCUGACACAACACCUCAAUCCCCGAAGUUAGUAGCUGACCAUGUUUAAUUGGUUAUUAGUUGUACCUGUGAACCAAGUUUGGGACUCGGUACUUUAAAGGUUUAAAUGUUGUAAUAUAUGUUGUAUUAUCCCUCAA